GCGUCAUUGUUUUGAAUGGAGCAUCCUCCAGGCUUGCCUUACCUUCCGUCGGUGAAGAAGGGCGAGCGGUGGGGCCUUGUGGAGGCGUGUGCUGCGCGGGCCAAUCGCAGCCUGCCUAGGCCGCCGGACCGCACAUGUUUACAGGCAGCAUUCCGCCGGUAGAGACUGUGCUGGGUCGGAGCCACAUGCGGACUGGAUAUCCCAGUAGCCGGAGCUGGAGUCAUCUCACGGCCGUAUUUUCAACCAUUUUCAACAUCUACGGUGGAACAGCAAUAAAUAGGGACUAGCGAAGUAAGAUAGUUCGACGUAUUUGCUUCAGAAUGUCUAUGUGCGCGUAUUUUCACGGAUAAGCCGCCAUUUUGUUAAAACGUGUAUACAUGUCAUUUCGGUUCCUGAACGUGGAGGUUAUUCCGUGUUUUCCCGCCGGCCACUCAGCUCACACGGAGCAGUGGGGAAAACAAACAGGUCGAACGGAGGAAGAUUGGUAGCCGGUUGGAUGUAGAGGUUGUUUAGCGGCGAAUGAAUUGUCGGGAUGUUGUAGGAUUUGAACGGUGCUAAUUCGGAGUUCUUCUGUUUUCGGUGCUUCUGAAGACGGUGCAUUUCGGACGCUGUUUGGAGUUUUCGCCCUCCGAGUAUGUUGCCGCUUUCUUUCAUUUUGUCAAGGCUGUUCGAGCGCGUAGUCUACCCGCUGCGGUUUUGUUUUUUUCUCGACUUUGUUUACCGGUUUUAAUUCGACGUUUAAUGAGUUUAAUUCACUAGUUCGCCGGAUCUGAAUUCAGCGAGACCCUUUUAGACAUGCAUACGAGGCGUCUGGUGAAGCGGUCGAUCCUCGGUAGCCGCGUUUAUGCCCCGAGUCCGACUGGGGAAGGAACCCCGGUGACAGGAGUGGUCCAGGCUGUCAAGCAGGAAAACAGAGACGUCUCGGCCGCAGGAGCUCGACGCAGCGUCUACACCGUGCUCAUGCAAGACGGGAGCCUCAAGGAGUUCUCCGAGGAGGAGAUAUCGGCGGGGUUCAACCACACUGCAGCCAAAGGACCGCUCAAGUCCAGCCUGAAGCAGAGCUCUAGUAACGGGGCUCCAGAGGGGCAGAAGGCGGAGGGCGGCUCCCUCAGCCCAGAGGCGUUGGAGGACCAGCGGGCGGUCGAUGGCAAGCGCGUUGGUCGGGACCCCGAUCCCCGAUCUGUGUCCCUGCUAGAGCAGAAGCGCAAAGUGGUCUCCUCCAGCAUCGAUGUCCCUCAUCCUAGACGGUCAGAGGAGGAAGUGGACAUGGACAAAGUGACGGCUGCCAUGGUACUGACGAGUCUCUCCACUAGCCCACUGGUGAGGAGUCCACCUGUUAAAGUCAGCGAGUCUCUAAGUGGUUCAUGGAAGGACAAUGGGUCAGCGGGACUGUUCACCCCAUCUAGCAACAGCUCUUCAGGGGGCUACUGGAGCUGGUCUGCCCCCAGUGACCAGUCCAAUCCUUCCACACCUUCCCCUCCACUCUCUGCCGACAGCUUCAAGCCUUUCCGUGUGCCCAGUGUAGGCGGUGUGGGGCCCGGCCCCGCAGGGCCCGAUGACCCCAGCCUGGACGAACAGGACGGCAGCAGCCUGCUCUUUGAUGAGCCCAUCCCCCGCAAGCGCAAGAACUCCAUGAAGGUGAUGUUCAAGUGCCUGUGGAAGAACUGUGGCAAAGUGCUGAGUACUGCUGCUGGCAUCCAGAGACACAUCCGCACCAUCCACCUAGGGCGUAACUGUGACUCAGACUGGAGUGACGGCGAGGAGGAUUUCUACUACACAGAGAUCAAGCUCAACACGGACUCGGUGGCUGACGGCCUCAGCAGCCUGUCCCCCAUGUCGCCCUCUGUCCUCUCUCCCCCUCCCCCCUCUCUUCUCCCCUCUGCCAGCCAGCCGUCAGACUCCCACAGACCCCCGCAGUCCUCUGACAGCAAGGAGCCUCUGGUUGGCGGCACCACCCAGCUGAGCCGCUCUGCACCCAGUGCUCUCUACCUCAUCCACACGGACCACGCCUACCAGGCCACGGCUCCAGUGUCCAUCCCAUCUAGCAGCAGCAACUCAGCCAGCUCAGCUUCCACCAGCUUCACUCCUACGAACAGCUCCAGCUUCAGCAUCUCCUGGCAGUCGCCACCCGUCACUUUCACUGGGAACACACUGUCUCCCAGUAAGAGCCAGGGAUUUGGUGAACAGCGCUCCCAGACCAUCGCUGUCCUCUCAUCCCCUCCCAGAGCCACCACUGCCCUCAGCCGGAAGGUGCGAGGCGAGGGGAAGAAGUGCCGUAAGGUGUACGGGAUGGAGAACCGUGACAUGUGGUGCACAGCCUGCCGCUGGAAAAAGGCCUGCCAGAGAUUCACGGACUGAGUACCCCCGCCAAUGCGAUGGCAUGCCACACCAGCAGGCACUGCUGUCUUUUGCCAGAGAAAGGGGGGAGAGGCAUCAUUUUGCAUGCUUUUGGUUUUCUUUCAGAACUGUCCAUCAAGCUCCGUCUCCGCCCCCUUUCUCGUCCCCUUGGCUCCACUGAACCAUUCCAGCUGUGGAAUCCACCAAAGGACGGCGGAAUCCCGCUUUUACAUUACCGUCCAGGAUUCCCAGUCCUUCCUAGCCAUUCCCAUCAUUCCCAGUUUUGGGGAAAUCCCGGUGCAGCUAAACAGUGUAAAGAAAAAAUAGAUCUAAAGAUUUCUGCCGUUUUUUUUAUGUUCAGUGUUGCAUCUUUCUACAUAUGUUUUGUAAAGCUCUGGUUUUUAAAUGGAAAGUCUAGUCAAGGAAGGUGUCCAGACUAAAGCUUUUCUAUCUGUUUUGUCAAAAGGAAAAAAAGAAAUCCUCACCACUUUUUUUAUCAAACGAAGAACAGACCUCUUUGCUGAACUCUGUUAAGAUUGCUUUGAAAAGCAUGGUGUUUAAAGCCUGCUCUUUUUGUUUUUCCUUCUACUUGUUCAUCUCUUGUUUUAUUUCUGGACUUUAUAAGAUCAUUAUUUAAUCGCCGACAUCACAGCCGAGCCCGGUCUCUCACCUGCUCUUCACACCUGACAGUCCCGAGAGAAUGUACUGCAGAGCCAGAAAGGGCAGGCUGACACAGAGAAAGAAAAGGAGGAAGAGAAACAUACAAGGUGAAUGAUAAAUGCAAAAAAGAUAGAAUUUACAGUCAGGGAAAGCCAAUGGACCAUGCCAGAGAUUUAUCACAUAUAACCACAACAGCAUUCACACACACAAAUAUUCCCACACGAGCAAGACGGGGACUAUUUUUUAUGUCACUUUUUUAUCCAGUCAGUUCCUUUUUUUUUGUUUGUUUUAUCAGGGAUGUGAUUCUGAAGAAAGCAAAAACCAGCAGCUAAACUUGGGGUUUUUACUGUAAACAGCACUAGCUCAGCAACCUCUCUCUUUCAUGACACAUGACGACUUUGCAACCAAAACCUCCUUUAUCUUGUUCCUUAUGUUUUUGGUUCUUGUUAAAGUGCCAUGUUUACUGUUGUUGAUGUAGGUUUGUUUUUGGGUUUUACUUUUUUUGGUAAAACCAAGACUGUUUACCGACCAUUUGCUAAAGAAAGUGUGUUAAAAGCCCUUCCUGAGAGCACUGGAGGCGUGAUGCCAGCAGUGUGUAUGAGGCCAUGACUGGAUCAACAUCUUUCACCACAUACAGAGAGAGAGAUUGCCCUCCUCCUCAGCCAACUUUUACACCUUCCCAGAGGGACAGAAUAAUUUUGUGUUUACAUGUGCCACAGAGGCACAUCCUGACAAUUUGUUAACCAAAGGGGGAGGGUUGAAAACCAAAAUUGAGGCACUUGCACUGUAUGUGUGUAACAGGACACUUGUUAUAUUUGUUAAAACCUAUGGUUACUUUGAGAGAGUUGUCUUUGAAUAUCUUCCACCAGCCCUCUACGUUUCUAAUGUAACUGCAUAUAAAAUGAAGUAGCAGCAAAGAAAGCAGAUGCUUGACCACCCACACGUGGCUACUCCCACUUUAUUUGUUUUGGAAAAGGGUGGAAAACAUUAUUAGCACUUCAUUCGGUCACUUUUUUGUUGUUUAACGUGCACUGCACCUUCCUUUAAUUUUGUAUCAUGUAAGCUAAACUUUUGCUUGAGUUUUUUCAUACGAGUCCUUAUGAUCGAGAAGUCACCAUUAUUUUUGAGUGAAGUGGUGAAAUUAAUGUGUCAUUUGUUUGAGUGUGUGCUGAAAUCUUUACUGGCAUGUUUGUCUCAUACACACGCACGCACACACAGAGGAUCAUUUUACAGCUGAAUUAUUCAAAACUGACACCAGCUAAUACACUCACAUGCUCGCCAAUUUUAAUAUUCAGUAC